CUGAAAGCAAAGCUGUUAUUUGGAGUUAUCUGCCUUAUUUGGAGACUUUGUUCGCUUGCUCUCCAGUCGGGACAAAACUACGCUGAGAGAAGGCAGAAAUGCUGGCCUCAACUCUAAAACAAGUUACUCUAACAGGAACAUCUGGUCUGGGUUCUGAAGCCCAUAACGACUCAACCUUCCUGGACUCUGAGUUUCGUUAUGUCCUCUUCCCAGUUGUCUAUGGCAUCAUCUUCAUCCUGGGCCUCUUCGCCAACCUUUACGUGCUGUUUGUCCUGCGCUGCCUCCGUGAGGCUAGAGCCAUGGGCGAAAUCCGCAUCUAUAUGACUAACUUGACCAUCGCUGAUCUCCUUUUUGUGUGUGCCCUUCCCUUCUGGAUUGGCUAUUAUAGUCACCACGGCAACUGGGUCUACUCAGAUUUUAUGUGUCGGCUGACUGGCUCAUUGUUCUUCAUCAACACCUAUUGCUCCAUCCUCUUCCUCGGAGCCAUCAGCGUCAACCGAUACUGGGCAGUCGCCCGGCCUCUGGAUGCGGCCUCUUCAGACCACAGGCGUCGUGGGAUCAUCGUGUGCGUUGUCAUCUGGGUGUUGACCAUGUUGAUGGCUAUUCCAUUUCUGACUCUCGGAUCUCCAGGGACCAACAAGAACAACGUCACUCGCUGUUUUGAGGGGUACCAAAAUGAAACUGAUUCCCAUAAGAAAAUAUUGGCCGUUACUCAUUUUGCAAUAAUUGGAAUGUUUUUUCUUGUCUUUUUUCUUGUCUUGGUGUGUAACUUCCUUAUUGUUCGAGCGUUACUUUCUCAAAGUCCUGCUCAGUCAGAAGUCAGCAUGUCUGCAACACUUAAUUCUAUGAAGUCCACCAGGAGCAUGUCCUCCUCAACUAAAAGGCCCAGGGGGGUGAAACGGAGGGCUGUGCAGAUGUUGUUGGCAGUGGUGGGAGUGUUUGUUCUGUGUUUCCUUCCCCACCAUAUAAUACAAGGCCCAUGGACACUGGCUGUGUUGCAGAUCAAAGAGGGCUGGGGCCAUGUAAAGUGGGACCAGAAGACGGAUCAGAUGCUCAACGACGCACAUCAGAUCACCUUGGCUCUUAUGGGCCUCAACUGCAUUUUGGAUCCUGUUGUUUAUUUUUUUGCCACAAGGAAGUUUAGAAGGUUCAUCAUGGCCCACAUUAAAAAGUUAGGAAAG